AGGGUACUCUUUGAUUCUUUUGAAGUGCCUGGGAAGUGCCAAUCGUGUUCUGUUCAAAAUAACUCCUUGGAUAUGAUUGAUAUCUCAUUUGCAGAAGCCGUUGAAAUUGGUCAAUUUACAGAAUGUGUUGAGACUGAGAACAUGGUGAUGAACAUGCAAACAAAGAAUGCAAUUUCCCCAACUCUCAGGGACAUUGUAUUCCAUUUCAGUAAAGAUAAUGAAAGAUUAGAGCAAACAUUCCAUUUGAGGACCAUGAAACCUGGACCUCUGAUCAUGAUGAAGUGUCAACUGUCGAGUGUUGUGAAUGAGACAUUCAGUUAUGGUCCUACAUUUCACGGCCUGCAUGAGGAGAAUUGUUCACAUGCAUCAUACGAAGCCAAUCUUCAGGAGGAAUUUGAAGAUGUUGCUGCGGUGCUGUGUCAAGGGUUCCUGUUGUGGAAUUCUUGGGCCAAAAGUAGAUUAGCUUCUGCUGCUAAGAGACCUAAGAACAAAAACAUGAUGGAUGUUGAUAUUGAUUUCGUGAAAUCCUUGGACAAUGAAAUGCCUGAUAUAUUUUCUCCCCCCAAAAAUCCUAAGUCUUUGAUGCUACCUGCAAAUAGAGCACUCUGUAGCAACACACUCCCAAAGACUGCCAUUACUGCGGGGUGAAUCUCGUCAAAUUGUUUCUUCCUCCUAAUGUUCUGAAUAUUGUACCAUGGUCCGUAUUUCCGUUCAGUUUUAAGACUUUCAGUGGCUGCAUUAACUUUAACAUUAUUUAUGUUCUUAGUUCUCCAUCAAUUUGACGUUUGCAUUCUUGUUCGGAUGGGAUUUUAGACUUCUUCAUGGUACCUAACCUGCCCCCCUUGUUACUUUAGUGUCAGUUGUGGGAUAUCAACAUAGAUUCUGGUCCUGUUGCAACCUUCCAGGUUCAUGAGUACUUGAGACCAAAGGUAUGGUUCCUACUUCCUAGCCUCUGUAAGGAACAAACAAACAUUAGUUUAUUUGUGCCUUGUUUUAUCGGUGCUGAUUAUUCUGUUCUUGGUUGUUCCAGUUGUGUGAUUUGUAUGAAAAUUAUUCAAUUUUUGACAAAUUUGAGUGUUGCCUUUGUGGUGAUGAUUGCCAGUGGCAACAGGAUCUUACAGUUUUGUUUUCUAACACAAGUCUUCUCUACUUGCUUGAUUUCUUUGUUUUCUUUAUUUGUAAUUUUGGGGCAUGUAUAGUGAUCUUUCAUGUGAUACAGCAAUCUAUUUCGUGUGUUUGGUUGUACUGUGGGAAGCAAUGAGGCACCAAUUUUUGGAAGCUAGCAAAAAUCUGAUGCGGUAAAUUUAACAGAAGAAUGGUAUGAAUUAUGAUUUUUCUGCCUGAUUUGGGUUAAAGCAUAAACAUGGAAUGCCCCG